ACACAAGUGUAACCUUUCUACCCGGCGUAUAUUAUACAAUUUUUUUCCGUGUAUUAUAUACAACCACGUUGAUGUUGACUCGUGGCAUACUCGUCACGGCGUUAGAAAUAUGAAUUCAUCAAGAAGUAUUAUUUUUCUGUGUUUAUUUUAUAUUUUUGCGGGAGUAAAUGCCAAUGGACCCACCUUGGUUUUGCUAGAUAAUUUAGCUAUAAAAGAAACGCAUUCAUUAUUUUUCAAAUUCCUACAAGAAAAUGACUAUAAUCUAUCCUUUAAAUUGGCCGAUGAUUCAAAUUUACUUUUAUCAAAGUAUGGUGAAUAUUUGUACAAGCACUUAAUCAUUUUUGCGCCGUCCGUUGAAGAGUUCGGAGGAUCGUUAAAUGUUGAAGCAGUAACUGACUUCAUUGAUGGUGGUGGGAAUGUAUUAGUUGCGGGUUCGUCGCAAUCAGGCGAUGCUCUGAGAGAAUUGGCAUCUGAGUGUGGUUUUGAAAUUGACGAGGAAGGUGCUACAGUAAUUGAUCAUAUGAAUUAUGAUGUGUCAGACAUGGGUCAGCACACUACAAUUGUAGCGGAUUCAUCUAAUCUAAUUGAUGCCUCCGUAAUUGUGGGAAAUAAAACAAUUCCUCCUCUACUUUAUCAAGGAACUGGAUUGAUUGCCGAUCCUGAUAAUCCAUUAAUUCUUCGAUUACUCACUGCUUCUAGCUCAGCAUAUUCUUACCAUCCAGAUCAAUCGGUCAAGGAAUAUCCUCAUGCUGUGGGAAAGAAUGCAUUGUUGAUUGCAGCCCUUCAAGCUAGAAAUAAUGCCAGAGUUUUGUUCUCUGGCUCCUUAUAUUUCUUCAGUGAUGAGGCUUUCACAAGUUCGGUGAAAAAAUCACUAGGUGGACAAAAGUAUGACUUAUCAGGCAAUGAGAUGGUUGCCAGAGCCAUGGCUAAUUGGGUUUUUAAGAAAAAAGGAGUGAUUCGAGUUUCUGGAGUACAUCAUCAUCGAGUCGGGGAAUUGCAACCACCCACAUCCUACACAAUAAUGGACGAUGUUGUUUAUUCCGUGAAUGUCGAGGAAUUAUCCGGAAAAGAGUGGAUUCCUUAUGAAGCCAAUGAUUUGCAAUUGGAGUUUGUGAGAAUUGAUCCAUUUGUACGAAUGUCCAUGAAACCAGUUGGCAAUGGUCGGUAUGAGGCGAGGUUUACUAUUCCGGAUGUAUACGGGGUUUAUCAAUUUAAAGUUGACUAUACGCGUGUAGGAUUGACACAUUUGUACAGUACAACACAGGUUUCAGUUCGACCCUUGCAACACACGCAGUACGAACGAUUUAUACUCAGUGCCUAUCCAUAUUACGUCAGUGCUUUCUCAAUGAUGGGAGGAGUCUUUCUGUUUUCAUUGAUCUUUUUACAUUUUAAGGAAGAAAGUAAAUCGAAAUCAGAAUGAUUAAUUAUAAUUAAAAAACUUUUACUUUGCAAGAAUAUCGUUUCUUGAUCAUCAUUCUCAUGAAAAAAUCAUGUACCAUUGCGUCUUGAAGAAGAAUCCUACUUCAAAUUUCAUUGGACUUGAAAGUCUCUAAAUGAACUUGGUAAACAAACAAUUAAGUUUUAUUACAAAAAAAUGCAUUUUUUUAAUUUUGUAAAGCUCAAAAAUUUAGAAUAAUUGUUUAAAAAGUUAUUUAUAAAUGCAUUUUUUUUCUAAAGGAGGUUCUACAAUGAGGGCAAAAAAGUUUGGAUUAGACUUUUUGCACUCAUUGAAGAAUCUUCUUAAAAAUAAAGGAAUAAACUCUCCUCAAGUUUGAAUACUUACCUCAUUAAAUUUAAAAUAACUGAUUUUGUUAGAACAUGUUUUAAGAAAAAAUAAAAGACAACAAUUUUUAAAGAAAUAACAA